AUGGCCAACUGUCUGGGCUGGGUUUCUGUGGUAACAUGUGGGGCUGCAGUGAACCUAACCUUGGUCACUCCAGAGAAGGCCAUCAAGCUGGCAGCCAAUGACUUCUUCCGGCAGCUGCUAAUGGAGGAUGGGAUGCAGCGGAACCUGAAGAUGGAGAUGCUAGCUGGAUGUGGAGCUGGAAUGUGCCAAGUGGUUGUCACUUGUCCCAUGGAAAUGCUCAAGAUUCAGCUGCAGGAUGCUGGCCGCUUGGCAGUUCAUCGUCAGGGCUCGGCCUCAGCGCCUUCCUCCUCCAGGUCCUACACUACCCGCUCGGCUCCCACCCACAAGCGCCCGUCUGCCACCCUUAUUGCCUGGGAACUACUUCGCACCCGGGGCCUGUCUGGUCUCUAUAAGGGUCUGGGCGCCACUCUCCUCAGAGACAUUCCCUUCUCCAUCAUCUACUUCCCACUGUUUGCCAACCUUAACAACCUUGGGUUCAACGAGCGUACCGGGAAGGCCUCCUUUGCUCAUUCCUUUAUGUCAGGCUGUGUUGCGGGUUCCAUAGCUGCUGUCACAGUAACACCUCUGGACGUUUUGAAAACUCGAAUCCAAACCCUCAAAAAAGGCCUGGGUGAGGACAGCUACAGUGGGAUCACCGACUGCGCCAGGAAAAUCUGGAUUCAGGAGGGACCAUCCGCCCUCAUGAAGGGAGCAGGCUGCCGGGCCCUGGUCAUAGCCCCUCUCUUUGGGAUUGCCCAAGGGGUCUACUUCAUUGGUAUUGGAGAGCGGAUCUUAAAGUGUUUCGAGUAG